GGCAACUACAGGCCGCUUGCAUUCUGUUCAGGUCGUUGUCAAGCUGCCACUUCUCAGCCCUGUUACGCAUACAAAUGUCUGAUGUGCUCAAAAUUUCGCAAGUGAAUGAGUUGAAUUAUGAAGAUUUUAUUGGUCGAUUCGGUAAUGUGAUUGAGCAUUGUUCAAUAGUCGCAGCUGCCGUGUGGCGAUUCCGUCCAUUUCGCGAUGUCCAUCAUCUUCAUCAGGAAAUUUGUUCAUUUGUAGAUCUCCUUCCAGAAACAGGUAAAGAGGGUGUGCUAAGAUUACAUCCUGAUUUGGCUGGGAGACUAGCUGAACUUGGCAGCCUUACCCAAGAGAGUUCAGCUGAACAGAAAGCUGCUGGUUUGGACACUAUGACCCCUGAAGAGAAACAACUGUUAAAAGAUACCAAUAUCAAGUACAGAGACAAAUUUGGCUUUCCAUUUGUCAUAUGUGCAAGACAGAACAAGAAAGAAGCAAUUCUGAAGGGAAUAGUUGAGAGGCUGGAGCAUUCUGCUGAAGAAGAACUGAACAUUGGUAUUGAAGAAGUCAAGAAAAUCUGUUUGUUGAGGUUGUUAAGCAUAGUGCCUGACGAUAAAUGACAUACAUAAGGAAUCCACCUAUAGGGAAGAUUAGCCAAUAUUCCAUUCAAAACAUUCUCAAACAGUUUUCCAGAAAUGUCUGUUACUGCCUCAGGGCUAACUCUGAUAUCACUCAAAAUACAACACCAUUACAAAAGAA